AUGAACAACAGUACCCUGUUGAAUGAACUUAUUAGGGUAAUACAGAAUCAUUCACAGAAUGAUAAUCCACUUCCUGAAUCAGGAGCAGAAUUGCCAUGCGCACAGUGUAGUCCAAGGGUAACGGUUGAGGCCGAGAUGACAUCAGACGCCAGAAAUGAAUCUAAUCGUGUUACGAGGAGAGGAGAGCAGGUUCAGGAUAAUGUGAUGACGAGAGAGAAUGGGGUUAAUGGUUGGCAGAACAGGAGAACUGAGAGCGAACAACAUGAGGCACAUAGGAAUAAUUACUAUGAGAAUUUGCAUUUCAAAUCAUGGUUGGACAGUUCGUUCAGUAAAGCUGAUAAACAAGAAGGGAGAGACCAGCUUGAGAACACGACAUAUGAGGACAAAUGUAAGACAUUCAAAAGACUUUUGACUAGGUUCCCUUUUUACUUUCGUGGUUAUAGACAUCUCCAAGGAAUGAGAUAUGCCAUCGAAGAGAUUAACAACUCCAGUUCGCUACUGCCAAAUAUUACAUUAGGAUAUGAGGCCUUUGAUGACUGCUUUGAACCUGCUGGAGUCAUGGCGAUCUUUGACUUUCUUGCUAGUCAUUCACAGCCCUUUGUGAAAGUGCUCAGUAACUACAGUGCAUACAAGCCCAGAGUGAUAGCUGUUAUUGGCCCAACUGUUAGUGAUACUGCUGUUGUCACAGCCAGCAUCCUGAGUAACUUUCUUGUGCCACAGGUCAGUUACAGUGCUGCCUCUGAAGUCUUGAGUAACAAGAGGGUUUUUCCAUCAUUUCUAAGAACGUUUUUGAGUGACCAAAAACAAGCACAGGCCAUGAUUUUACUCUUAAAGACAUUUCAUUGGAACUGGGUGAUUGUAAUAGGUAGUAACAGUGAAUACGGGCGACGAGGGAAGCAACAACUCGUUACACUGGCAUCGGCUUAUGGCAUAUGUGUUGCUUAUGACAAGACUCUGAAUCAAGGUAGCAGUACGUUCAAGAGUGAUAUCGCAGACAUCAUUUACGUGAUUUCAAAACAAAAUGUUAAUGUCAUACUCUUAUUUGCUGAAGACCUUUUUGCAGCUGCAUUCUUUAAGGAGGUUAUUCCAUCAAAUGUCACUAGCAAAGUAUGGAUUGCAAGUAGUGUAUGGGCUAUAGAUAGAAGGGUCACAGAAAUUCCAAACAUUUGGAAGAUUGGCACAGUUUUGGGGAUUGCACCACAACAUGGUGACAUGCCAGGUCUGAAGCAGUUUUUGUCUAAGUUUGUAGGUCAAAAACCAUCCGAGUACAAUGCAUCCUUCAGUGCUUCAGAAGAAUGGUAUGAUGUUUCAGGUAAUUGCAACCACAUCUGUGAGGAAUGCAGCUCCUUAACUCCAGAGGCUGUAUUAGACUCUCCAGAAAUAAGGGCUGUCUUCAGGACAUAUUCAGCUGUGUAUGCCAUGGCCUAUGCUCUCCAUAACUUGCUUGACUGUGAUACGGAUCUGUGUAAAGAAACAAACAUUUUUCCAUGGCAGCUUCUUGAAAAAAUAAAACAAGUUAAUUUUACUCUCCAUGGUAAACAAAUAUAUUUUGACCAAAAUGGUGACGCACCCACAGGCUAUGACAUCAUUAUGUGGAACUGGACAAACUCAAGGGCUUCUUUCGAUACAGUUGGGACGUACACUUCCAUCCCUGGAAGGAUUGAUGUAAAUACUGCCUUGAUAACAUGGUACACAGGUGAUAAAAUGGUUCCUAAAUCUGUUUGUUCAGAAGAAUGUUUACCUGGGCAGAAAAGAAAGCAAGCAGGUCCUCACUUUUGUUGUUUCUUCUGCCUGACUUGUCCAGAAGGGACAUACCUUAACAGUACUGACCCUUAUGAAUGUCUGCCUUGCCUUAAAGACAUGUGGUCCCCUGAAGGAAGUCAAGUUUGCUUUCCCAGAACCCUUGAGUACCUUGAAUGGAACAAUGAGAUCUCAGUCCUGUUAAUGAUAUUAUCAGCUACUGGACUUUUCCUGACUGGACUAACAAUGCUUGUCUUCCUUAGGAACCUGGAUACCCCAGUAGUGAAAGCUGCAGGGGGCAAAGCAUGUCUGCUGAUGCUCACUUUUAUAAUAUUCUGUUACUGCAGUGUCUUUUCAUUCAUUGGAAAACCAAAUGAAACAGCCUGCGUGGUGAGGCAACUAAUGUUUCCCAUAAGCUUUACUGCCUUCAUGUCAUGCCUUGUACUUCGAUCAUUUCUCAUAGUUUGUAUAUUCAAAAUGGCUAGUAGCCUACCAAAGUCAUUUGACUACUGGGUUAAGCAGCACGGUCAGAGUUUGUUCUUGGCAGUUGGUACAGCAACACAAAUGACGAUUUCUUCUUUCUGGCUCACGAAAGGUACUUUUAAGCCUGCGCUUGAUUACACUUUUAAAGAAGCCAUUAUUUUAAAAUGUGGCACAAAUCAGUCCCUUGCUUUAUUAACACAAGAUGCUUUCACUGGUUUCCUUAGUAUAAUUUGUUUUGUGUUCUCAUACAUGGGAAAAGACUUGCCAAAAAACUACAGCGAAGCAAAGUGUAUAACAGUAACUAUUCUGGUAUAUUUCUUUUCCCUUGCAUCUUACUUUUUAUUUAAUGUGGCCCAAAAUGAAAGAUACAGCACUAUUUUGUUGGCUGCAAUCAUCCUAGUCAGAUUAUAUGGCAUCCUUGGAGGAUAUUUUUUUCCUAAAUUUUAUAUCAUUGCCGUAAGGCCUCAGAAGAACACCACUGCAUAUUUCCAGUCUUGCAUUCAGAACUACACAAACAGUUCUCUUACUAAUUAAAUUAUAAUUACUUGGAUUUAUGAAGAGUGGUUUGACUGAUGGCUCUAGUAUCUUAUUUUAUUGUAUUUCUUAUCUAUAUUUUACCAACAGGGAGGCCCAGGGAGAAAAGUGGAAAAGAGUCAGUAUAAUACAAAAAGUGAAUUGCUUGCUUGAUUGUUAUUACCGCUAUAUUCUAUUAAUAUCUUGUUAAUGAAAUGCAAUAUAUACUAAGCACUGAAAAGAAAUAAGUGACGUAAAUGAUUAAUGAAAAGCAAUUAUGUGUUAAAAUCAGAGGCAAUAAGAGUAAAUACAACUGACUGUAGAUAUAUUUAACAAUGAUAUGACUUGGGGAAAGGACGUUAUCCCUGAUUUAUUACGUUGUUUUUAUUUAUACUAUGUGAUUUUUUUAAAUAUCGUAUCCCAUCUGUAUAAUAUGUGUGGAUGACAGUACAACUGACUUUUCCUCUAAAGUUUUGAUUGGCUAAUAUAUAAGGCGCUGCACAGUUUGGUUUCAGGAUAACAUGUGAUCUUAUGUACUGAUAAGUCUCUUUCCCUGCUGCAGCCGACCAAUUAUAUGGGCUGUCCCUCCCUCACAGAUAAAGCAACCAAUAAAAAAGGCUUUUUAGAGACCACCCUCAUAUUUUGAAGUGCUCCUUGAGUGUCUAUUGCGUUUUAACUGUUUAUAAAAUAGUUGGUAUCUGAACAUUUAUAAUUUUGUCAUAAGCAUUAAUGUAGCAGUGUUGUAUUAACAUUACUAGUAAUUCCCUUUGUUAUCUACAGCAAAGAAAUACACUAAUCUGUGCUAUUUAUAUGAAACUGUUUUACUACCUAAUGGAGGAGCUUCUUUUAGUAUCAUCAUGUUGACACUAAUGUUCUGUGGUCUGUAGGAAUUCCUUUAAAUAUAAGUGCGAAGUAUAGGACAGCUCCUUAUUUACAGAAAUUUGACACAGAGCCAUGACAAAGGACGUCCUGAGGAAUCGAUCACCUGAAGCUCUGAAGAUUUUUUCCCACCAGAUGACUGCUGUUCUAAUGUCUUAGCAAGAAAUGCACCUUUUCAUCUCAUAAUGUCACCUGUUUAACAGAUAUAUUUCAUUAAUAA